AUGUCCUUUAGAUCAGUUUUCUAUUGCUUCUUUUUUAUUUGUAAUUUUUAUUUUAUCGAAUCUUCAAGUCAACCAGAAGUUAGAAUAGAACAAGGUAUUCUAAGAGGAUUUUAUAGAAAAAUUAUUAAUAAUCGCGAGAUAGUAGCUUUUGAAGGGAUCCCCUAUGCGAAACCACCAGCAGGAAAACACAGAUUCAAGGAACCAGUCCCAGCAAAACCUUGGUUAGGUGUAUAUAAUGCCACUAGAGAGCCACCUGCCUGUCUUCAACUUGAUCUAAUAAUGACAAAAAGUUUGUUUGGAUCAGAAGACUGUCUCUAUAUCAAUGUAUAUACGCCAAAGCUGCCAGAUAAAAGGAUGGCCAACCCAGAGCUCCUUGAUGUAUUAGCUUUUAUUCACGGUGGAGGUUUUAUUUUAGGGAAAUCUGGACAUCAUGGACCCAACUUACUCCUUCAAAAGGAUGUUGUAUUAGUGACCUUUAAUUACAGGCUUGGUCCUUUGGGUUUCCUUAGUACAGAGGACAAUGUUGUCCCAGGAAAUAAUGGUUUAAAAGAUCAGGUUCUAGCCUUAAAAUGGAUUCAAAAGAAUAUAGCAGCAUUUGGUGGGAAUCCAAACAGUGUUACACUUGGUGGGUUGUCUGCAGGUGGAGCAAGUUGUCAUUACCACCUACUUUCUCCUCUUAGCAAAGGUUUAUUCCACAGAGCUAUCUGUAUGAGCGGUGUAGCUUUGAAUCCAUGGGCAGUAGCAGAAAAUAUGAAAGAAAAAACUAUGGUAAUUGCGACUGAUCUUGGCUGCCCUAUAAACGAUUCACUUACUAUGAUUAACUGUUUAAGAAGUAAACCAGCUGAACACAUCGUUUCACUAACAAAAUUAUUCUUGGUCUGGAGAGAUUAUGUACCACUUGUUAUUUUUGCUCCAGUUAUUGAGCCACCUAGUGCAACUGCUUUCAUUUCAGAUUUUCCAGUAAACAUUGUAAAAGAAAAAGGUGGCUCCGAUGUUCCAGUUGUAUUUUCUUUUGCACUCGAUGAAGGAUUGGUUCUAGCACAAGAGAUUUUAACUAAACCUGAAGUUUAUGCUGAUAUGUUGGAACAUUGGGAUAAUUUGAUACCUUACUUUUUGGAUUUCAAUAACACUGUACCACAUGAAACAAAAACUGAAAUUGGGCAAACAAUUAGUAAACAUUAUAAUGUAGAUGAUACUCCAGAAGGACGCAAACGUUUUGUUAAGAUGCUUGGAGACAGGCUCUUCGUAUCUGGCAUCAGUAAGAUUACAAAACUUUCAGCUGCAACGUACACUUCACCUGUAUAUCUUUACAGAUUUUCGUACAAAGGGUCGAGUGCAAUUUCCAAAUCCCUUUAUACUAAAGAAGAUAUAGGUGUGAGCCAUGCUGAUGAUAUAUUUUAUGUAUUAGGAUUUUCUGAAUUAAACACAUUAAAGAAAGAAUCUGAUUUAGAAAUGUCCAAACAAAUGCUUGAUACAUUUGUAUCUUUUUUUAAAAAUGGUUCAUUAGGAGAGAACUGGGAAUCAGUGAAGGAACAGUUACCAAAGGUUGUCUUCACAGAUAUGAAAGGUCCCAACGAUUUUCUGCUUACAACUGUUGAUGAAUUGGGAGAAGAAAGUUUCUGGGAUUCUUUAGGCUUUAAUGAAAACUUAGAACUGACCGAUGUAUCUCAUGAUGAAUUUUAA